AUGGCGCCCGUCCCAGCUGCCUUCGCACCUGGCCCAAUCGCCGCUUUAUACCUAAUUAAUUGGCCCUCUGAUUGGCUAAACUUUGGAGAAACAGGGGGGCCGGAUGAGACUGUAGGAGAACGUGCCAGGCUAGUCCUCAGUGCCGCUUGGAGGCGCCUUUAUGAACCCAAUAACGGAGAACCCCCGAAGCUGAAAUGCAACCUAAGGAAGCACAAGCCAAACAGGAAGCCGAGGACUCCUUUCACCACCCAACAGCUCUUGUCUCUCGAGAAGAAGUUCAGAGAAAAGCAGUACUUGAGCAUUGCCGAAAGGGCAGAGUUCUCGAGUGAAGAUCUGGUUCCAGAACCGGAGAGCGAAGGCGAAGAGGCUGCAGGAGGCGGAGAUCGAGAAGCUGAAGAUGGCGGCAGUGGCGGCGGCACGGCCGCACCACCCCCUCUACGGCCCAGUCCAGUACUUCGGCCCCGACCAGCUCCUCCCGCACCCCCUGUCAGGUCUCCUCAGGCACCCCCUCGUCAGCCCGCCCCAGAGGUCGCCGCCCCCGCCUCUCUCAUAGCUCGUAUGCGAGUCCUUCUGUACAUAGUCCUCGUCGGUCGUUGUAUAUUGUCUGUCUCAUCUCUCCGCUACAGGGAGGGAACUCAACAUCCUCGGCGAUUCUUGAAGCAACAGUAAAAGCCAUCGUAGAAAAACUUCAAAACGGUUCAAGCAUCUUAGAAAAUACAAAACAUCACCUUCAAGCCAGGUAUAGAGGUGUUCGGAAGAGAGUGGAAUGGCGAUUGUGAAUUUUCAAUUUGAACAAUCUUACCAUUAUGAAAAAACAUAGCAAGUGUAAUUGUAAAUAAACUACCGUUUUUAUUAUUAUAUUUUCACUUGUACGGUUUUUAAGAAGAGGAGAGCAAUAAAAUAUCUUAUGAGCGGAGCCAUGCAUGAGAAGAGGGAUGGACACUUCUGCCCAGAUCAAAGUCAAAUAUCUAAAUUUUAUCAACUUGGUUUCGAUGCAUCCUUCAUUUAAAUCACCUGGCUUGAAAAAGUUCUCAAUAAAGUUUCAUCAACAUCUGGGUUACAUUCGAUUGUACCUUCUUGACAUCUUUGAUCCAUGAGAAUGCGAGCGCAACUAUCAACAAGUGUCAAUGAUUAAUCACAAGUUAUUAAAAAAAAAAAUCGAAAAUUUUCUCUAAAAGUGCACAAUCGAAAAGACAUCCGGGAUAAAAACUUGUCAAUCCGCUAAAUCGUGUACAUACGAUUUUGGUCAUUUCUUGUUAAAAUUGCAUAACUUGUACAUGUGAGGCCAUAUUUUAUUUAAGUAUUAAGUAUUUCUGAUAGUCAUUUUGUUACUUGUAUGUUUUCAUAUAUGUUGUGAAGAAACUAAUGUGUUUUUUUUUUUAAUAUAAAAGUAAACUGUAUCGAUACUAACCAUCAAGAUAUAGUCAAGAAUGUAUAGUAUUGUGUAACAUAGGUGUAGUUUUUUUUUUUAAUCUUUUGUGAUGAUAACAUCAAUAGUUUUCUAACCUUUGUUUUUAAACACUUAAAGUAAUACUGGUUGCCAAUGUGCCCCAAUGCUAAUUUAUUAAGAUCCAUAUGUAUAUAGACAAUAUGAGAAGUUUUUGUACUUCAUUGGUAUGUUAAAAGAACCACAAAUUGUAGAUACUAUCGAAUGUGUGCAAUUUUUUUAUCAAUAUUUCUUACAUACUUAUACAAAAUAAUUUGAAAAUUGAAUCUUGUGCCAUUCAUCUUUAAUUGUAAAUCCGAAUGCUGUUUUCCUCAAGAGGAAUCGUAAAAUAUUAUUGGAAAAUACUGCAUUGAAGAGAAAUCUCUUGUAUAGACUGAUGCUGAUAAUUUAUUAUUUAUUCAUUUCCCAUACUCGAAUUUAUGUACUUAAACCUAUUGUAAAUAAAUUUUAUAUUAACGAGCGAGAAAAUAACAAAAAAAUAUAUAUAUAAAAUAAUAAAAAAAAAUAAAUAAAAAAAAUUGGAGCCAACAGUUCUUCUGUUUCUAUGAAGUCAAUGUGAUUUAGUUAUGUUAAAUGUAUUAUUACCUGUAAAUAUGAAAAAGAGCCUGUAUUUAAUGAUAUUUAGUGAGUAUUAUAAAUGCAUAUAAAUAUAUAUAUAAAUAUCGAUUGUAUAGAUAAAUGUGAAACGUAUUAUAAAUGUAUAUUAAAAGCUAAUUCAUAUAUAAAUGAUUUUUUUUUUUUACUUUUUAUCCAUCAAAUCCUAGCAAAAAAUUACAGUCGAAAUUGUACUUUCGAUGUGCCCUUAC